AUUUCGGCGGUGAGCUCGUCGGUCGCGGCGUCUUUCUCUUCCACCUCUUCUCGCAUCUCUCGCUGUCUCGUAGAGUCCGAUUCGAUGCACGCUGAAGCUUAGAAGCUUAGCUGCUGGUUCUGGUGCUCGACUACGGUAAGUAGCUUCCUUCUCGAAUUGCCACUUCUCACGAUAGCACACUCCCUCGCCGUCUGUCGAUUCCGCCCUCAUCCUCGUCCCGCCCUUUUUCGCCUCCCCUGCUGCCCACAUAGCGCGACGACAUUUCGUCGUUGCGUCUUUUGAGUUUCGGGACGGAGUUGAUUGCCUUCGGAGACGUGUUCAUCGAGCGGAGUGCUGGAAGCUGACGUCGGUGUAGCUCGAAGGCCCUUCUCAGUUUAGGACGAGCAGAAGAUGGAGGAGAUGAUGGUCGAUCAAGAGAAUGUCGGGCCUCUGAAGAGGGGUCCUAAGCCGAAGGCAGGUGCCAAGGGAUUGUCGAAGGCCGCUGCAGCUCCGAAACCACUGCAGUCGAGCUCUGGCGCCAAUGUCGAGGCCGGUCGACAGGGUAAAACCAUCGAAGAGAUGUAUCAAAAGAAGACACAAUUGGAGCACAUCCUUCUGCGGCCCGACACCUACGUCGGUUCAAUUGAGAAACACAAACAGACCCUGUGGGUCUACGAGGGUGGAAAGAUGGUGCAGCGGGAAGUAAGUUAUGUUCCUGGGCUGUACAAAAUCUUCGAUGAGAUCUUGGUGAAUGCAGCUGAUAACAAGCAGCGGGAUCCCACAAUGGACUCUGUAAAGGUUGAGAUCAAUGUUGCAGAGAACACAAUCUCAGUGUUCAACAAUGGUGCGGGUGUGCCCGUCGAAAUUCACGCAGAGGAGGGGGUGUACGUUCCAGAGAUGAUUUUUGGACACCUGCUCACUAGCAGCAACUAUGAUGACUCUGAGAAGAAAACCACCGGAGGACGGAAUGGUUACGGUGCCAAGCUUGCCAACAUCUUUUCCACCGAAUUUACAAUCGAGACAGCAGAUGGGAACCGCCUACGCCGGUACAAGCAGGUAUUUCAAAAUAACAUGGGAGUGAAGGGAGAGCCCACUAUCACCAAGUGCAAGGCUAGUGAGAGCUGGACGAAGGUGACCUUUAAGCCUGAUCUGCCAAAAUUCAACAUGUCGUACCUGGAGGAGGACGUCGUUGCCUUGAUGAGUAAAAGAGUACUGGAUAUAGCGGGGUGUCUCGGAAAGACUGUGAAGGUUGAAUUGAAUGGUCAACGUUUGCCCAUUAAGUCCUUCAGUGAUUACGUCUCGAUGUACUUGUCAGCGGCUGCUACGAAUGCUGGCAGGGACGAGCCACUGCCCAAGCUGUACGAAAAAGUCAAUGACCGAUGGGAGAUUGUAGUUACUCUGAGCGACGGUCAAUUUCAGCAGGUGAGUUUUGUGAACAGCAUUGCGACAAUCAAGGGUGGAUCACACGUGACGUAUGUCGCAGAUCAAGUUGUCAACAACUUGCUGGCAAUUGUGAACAAGAAGAACAAGACUGCUUCGGUGAAGCCCUUUCAAAUCAAGAGUCACAUCUGGAUAUUUGUCAACGCUCUUAUUGACAAUCCGGCAUUCGACUCUCAAACCAAAGAGACGUUGACAACUCGUCAAAGCAGUUUUGGUUCUAAAUGCGAACUCUCCCCUGAGUUCCUGAAGAAAGUUGCGAAAUGUGGCAUCGUGGAGAAUGUACUCACCUGGGCAGAGUUCAAACAAAGCAAAGACCUGAAAAAGACGGAUGGUGCCAAGCGCCAGAGAAUCACUGGAAUCACCAAAUUGGACGACGCCAACGAUGCUGGUGGGAGGAACUCACAGGAAUGUACCCUGAUUCUUACAGAAGGAGAUUCAGCCAAAGCACUCGCUAUGGCUGGAAUUAGUGUGGUUGGACGAAACAAGUACGGUUGUUUUCCACUUCGAGGAAAGCUACUGAAUGUACGAGAGGCAAGCAAACACCAAGUCAUGGAGAACGCGGAGAUUAAUAACAUAAAACAAAUUCUGGGCCUACAGCACGGAAAGGACUACGACAGCACUAAGUCCUUGCGAUAUGGUCAUCUUAUGAUUAUGACCGAUCAGGAUCAUGAUGGUUCGCACAUCAAGGGUCUGCUUAUCAAUUUCAUCCAUUCGUUCUGGCCUUCUCUACUCAAAAUCCCGAACUUUCUUCUGGAGUUCAUCACUCCAAUUGUUAAGGCAACGCAUAAGAGUGGACGAGUACUAUCGUUUUACAGCAUGCCAGAGUAUGAAUCGUGGAAGGAGUCCGUUGCAGGUGAAGCUAACAAGUGGACCAUAAAGUAUUAUAAGGGUCUGGGUACUUCAACUUCCAAAGAAGGAAAGGAGUACUUCAUGGAUCUAGGAAGGCACAAAAAGGACUUCACCUGGCAGAGUGAGAAGGAUGGAGACGCUAUUGAGAUGGCCUUCAGCAAAAAGAAGGUUGAUGCCAGGAAGACAUGGUUGCGACAUUACGAGCCAGGAACCUUUCUUGACCAAAGCGCUGAAGUCAUCAAUUACGAAGACUUCGUUAACAAGGAGCUUAUUCAGUUUUCCAUAGCCGAUUUAGCAAGAUCCAUCCCAUCCAUGGUCGAUGGGUUGAAGCCUGGGCAGCGGAAGAUUCUGUAUUGCUCCUUCAAGAGAAACUUUGUGAAACAAGCGAAGGUGUCGCAAUUCUCUGGAUACGUGUCAGAGCAUUCCGCCUACCACCACGGAGAGGCAAGCUUAGCGAGUACCAUUAUCAACAUGGCUCAGACCUACGUCGGCAGUAACAACAUCAACCUGCUUGCUCCUCUCGGGCAGUUCGGUACAAGAAAUCAGGGAGGUAAAGAUCACGCAAGUUCUCGAUACGUUUUUACUUGUCUGUCACCGAUCACUCGUAAACUGUAUCCACAACCCGAUGACAUGCUUCUGGAGUAUUUAAAAGAGGAUGGCCAGUCAAUCGAGCCUAAGUGGUACGCUCCUAUUUUGCCGAUGGUGCUUGUAAAUGGGAGUGAAGGAAUUGGAACUGGGUGGAGUACCUACGUGCCGAACUACAAUCCAAGGGAUAUCGUUGCCAACAUCAUGCGCCUGCUGAAAAAUGAACCCAUGGUACCUAUGGAUCCCUGGUACAAAGGCUUCAGGGGAACCAUUGAGCGAUCAGCUGUGAAAGAGAAUGGUGUAACGUACACUUGCACGGGAAUAAUAGAUCAGAUCAAUGAGACGACCCUGAAGAUAACAGAGCUACCCGUCAAAAAGUGGACUCAAGAUUACAAGGAGUAUCUUGAGUCUCUUAUGGUUGGUUCGGCCAAGGUCAAGGAGCCGUUCAUUAAGGAUUACCGUGAGCAUGGAACCGACACAGCAGUUGACUUUGAAGUCCAGCUUUCAGAGGAGAACAUGAAUAUAGCUUUGCUCGAAGGUCUCACCAAAAAGUUCAAUCUGACGACAAAGAUCAGCACUGGCAAUAUGCAUUUAUUCGAUGCCAAUGGAAUGAUAAAGAAAUACGACACCCCCGAACAAAUUUUGGAGGAGUUUUUCCACAUUCGUCUGGAUCUGUACGUCAAGAGAAAGGCUGUGCAACUGUCAAACCUGGAAGAGGACUUGGCCAAGUUGGCAAAUAAAGUGCGCUUCAUUCUUGGGGUUGUAAAAGGGGAAAUCAUUGUCAGCAAUCGAAAACGAGCAGAUUUGUUGGAGGAAUUGAGAAUCAAGAAGUUCCGACCUUUCCCUAAGAAUGGGAAGAAAGAUGAACCACCUGUGGCAGGAACAGAGCCAGUCGAAGGGGAGGAGACAUCUGAGCAAGAGGAACCUAGAAAGGAAGACGUACGCAUUGGAGACUACGAGUAUCUUCUGUCUAUGGCUAUUGGACAGCUAACAUUUGAGAAGGUCGAGCUGUUACUCAGCCAGAAGGAAGAGUUCGAAGGACAAGUAGACGCUCUCCGGAAAGCUUCACCCGAGGACCUAUGGGCCAGAGACUUGGAAGCAUUCCUGAUUCAGCUUGACGCAAAUGAAGCUGAAGAGGCCAAGGAUGCCGAGUAUGAGAGAAAAGUCAUGGCCAAUGAAGGAUCCAAGAUUGUCAGGCGAGCAGGAGCCUCAAAGGCCGUGAAAAAGCCACCUCAGCCGAGGAAGACAGCUACGACUGCACCUGUUGCUGUCGAGGAAGGGUCUGAAGAUGCUGUGCCUAAGAAGAAAGCUGCUGGAAGACCCGUGGGAGCAAAAGCGGGAGUGAAGAAGCCUCCUGCUACCAAACCAGUUGUGCUCGAUGAUAGUGACGAGGAGGAUUUGGGACUGAACCUCAGUUUGACUGACCGUAUGGCUAACAUGAAGCUGCGGGGGAAUUCUCCAGGUAGCGAAGGCUCGGUGGUUGCUCCGAAGACUGCAGCUGCAGCGGCUUUCAUGGACCUAUCGGAUGAAGAAGAAGAUGCAGAGGAAGAAGAAGCUCCGCCACCACCGAAAGCAGCCCCGAAAGCACCUACAAAGCGGGUCACUAAACAGCGUAUUGUUGACAGUGAUAGUGAAGACGAUAUCAUCGCUUUGGAAUCCGAUUCCGACUUUGAGGCGGAGGAGAUAUCACCACCGAAGGGCCGCAAAAAAGCUGCCCCAAAGAAAGCUCCAGCAGCUAAAAAAGCUCCGGCUCCGAAGAAAGCAGCUACAGCCGCAUCGUCCGACGCUGCAGUGCCCAAGAAGCGAGGACCGAAACCCAAAGCGAAAGGAGAUGCAGCAGCAGCAGCGUCUUCGUCUUCUCCAUACAAACAAUCCCCACAGCUGAAAGUACAGAAGCUUAGAAUAUCUCCAUUCCACAAAAAGAGCGGUCCUCUCGAAGAUCCUGCUGAUCUACCGCGAAGUCUAGAGGACUUCGGCGAGAACGAGACGACAGUGGCAGCAGCCAGGCCCAGGAGGGCAACCCGACCUGUAGCUAAAUACGUCGAUGCCUUUGCCAGCGAAAGCGAAAGCGAAGGCGGAGAUAGCUCGGAGUUUGACGGAGAAGAUGAGAUGUAGGACGAAGUCUAGUAUUUACGGAGAUAGAGUCUGCUCGUAGCUCUGAGUAUAGACAGCCGGUUCGAUUAGUAGAUAGAUAUAUUGUACUCAAAAUUUCAGGCUUUUCUCCUUUCAAACACUGUACAUAAAUGCGUGAUUUAAAAUUUUUUCUGGUCUGUUGAAUCCAUGAGGC